CAUUUAGGAAACAUUGCCUGGCAGAGUUGUUAGCCAUGAAUUCUGUCCGUGGAAUUAGUUUUUGCAUCUAUUGUUUUGGGGGUCUUAUGCUUCUCCUUAAAAUGUGUGCCGCAGGGUCAUCUAAUGUUUGGCUUACAGGCGAUGAGCAGUACAAUAUUUCAUCAGUUGAUAUAGACGGGAAAGUUGAAGAAGACUUCGUUUUGAUUUUCAACACAACUUCUCGCCAUAGAAUUAGAUUCUCCACUUCAGAUUUUGAUUUUGAAGCCGGCUUUGUUUUCAUGAGCAUCGGUGAAGGGACUGAAAAAGAUGGAGCUGGUGUGCUUUUUGAGGACCCAUUAACUUACACUGGGUUAGCAAGCUUUAGUGGGUCAGAUUCACCAAGUGUUGUGACAUCAGUAAGCAAUUCAGCAUGGAUAAGUGUUACAUUUUCCCGAAUCCAAAGGAAACUGAAUUUCAAUGUAACCGUCUCGUGUACCAAUAUGUCAGAUAUAACUGAAGUAAAUGAAGGUGGAACGAUAUCGAUCAGGUCAAUGAAUAAUCCGUCAAACUACCCAAACAACUACUAUCGUCUAUGGGAUAUCCGAACCCAUGAAGGCUACGUCAUUGAAGUUAUUGUAAGAUCAUUCGAUGUCGAAACCGGGCACGACCACGUGUACAUAUGCGAUGGUGUUGAUAGCUUUUCAAAUCAAGGAUCAAAAUGGCGCGAUUGGACAGGAUUAUGGGAGAAUGAGGUCCUAGAAUCACGAGACUUCAUAUCAUCUACCAAUUCAAUCACCAUGAUCUUUACCACUGAUUUUAGCACAACAAAAUCAGGGUUCUGGAUCCAAUUACGAGCUGCUAAGAAACCAGCAGCAGCAACAACAGCAUCAGCAGCAUCAGUGGCAACAACAACAACAACAUCAAAUGCGAGCACAACCCACGAAGAUCCUGUUCCAUCAACCUCAUCAUAUAUAAUUACAACGGGUCCACUAUUAGACACCCUUAUUUUCAAGUGGGUAGCCAUUAUAUCAUCAUCCAUUUUGCUCCUGGUCAUUCUUACCUGCACGGUCUUAAAAUAUAAACGACGGAAACAGACAGCGCGUAAUGACACGGACAUUUCGGCAAAGGGUCCCGAGUCAGAGAGACUACACAUCAUGCAAGACGAAGAACCUACGGGAGAAAGAGUACAAGAAUCUUCCACUGAACCUGAUUCUCUUCCUGGUAGACCGUAUGAAACUAUCCCUGAAUACCUUCUAGCUCCAUCCCAUAGUCCUGUGGGAGACUCUAAUUGUCCAGCAUCUGGUCCUGAUAAUGAACGUGUAGAUGAGUUUGGAUACAUGGUUCCAGACAGAGACAAGGGAGGAGAACUACCUGAUGAACAAUCCCCAGUCAGUCGAGAUGGUUAUACAGAUAUCAAUCAUACAUACUUGGAUACAUCCCUUUCUAGUAGUCAGCAAGGAUCUCCCCACACCUACCAUGCCUACGAAAAUUCUAUGAUGACGAUGAAAAGCUUCGGAGGAAAGGAUGAGCAAUUGUCGAGUCAUUAUUAUAACAUCGACAGCACUGGCACUUCUAACCGCUAUUAAGAAUCCCUCUGCCAUGUCUGUAGGCCCUAGUAGAUUAAGAGAGAGUAAUACCAUCUCGAUCAGAAAUUCUAACCCCACACAUGAGAGAGCAAAUUUACACGAUGCGGCUCGGGAUACGAUGGGAAUAGUUCAGAGGACAAAAUUGGAUCAAUCGGGAAUGACAAAUUUGGAUAUCUAAUUUUAGAAUAUUAACUCAGCAUGUACAGUUAUUUUGCUAGAAAUAUUUUCAUUUUCAACCUCCCCCAAACCCCAACGAUAUCUAUAGCUUCUUCAUUAUGCAAAUUUCUCCAUCAAAAUAAUUGUGUGGGUGUGUUUUAUGCAAAGUGUCACUUUGUGCGUUUGUAUACAAUGUAUACCUAUGAGUAAUUUCCAGUUUGAUUGGGCACCGCUGUAUGACUAUAAUCUUAGCAGGAGUAGAAAUUAUAUUCAAAUACUUAACAGGGUUCGUAGUGUAAGAAGUAUAGUAGUUCCUCGGAUGCAAAAUUACUUGAUGAAUUCAACAUAUCCAGCAUUAAAAUCAUGUCAAAUACUAGUUGUGACUGAAUUUUUGUCAUUGUCGUGAUUAAUAGAAAAUAGUAAUGAUUUGAAAUAUCAGUAAUUACUUUGAUUCCACACUUUCACCAGUAGGAAUAGCAAUAUAUAGCAGACAUGUCAAAAUAGUGGUAGUACACGCAGUUAUAUUGUGGUGGUAUUAGUGGUAAUACUAUUAGUAGUUUUAGUAAUAUUAGUUAUAGCAGUCGUAUAGUCGUAUUAGUGGUAGUUAUGGUAGUAGUAGUAGACCUAGUAGUAGUAGUAACAUAAUUAGUAGUAGUAUAAGUAUUGGUAUUGCAGUAGUAUAUUGCAUAUAUUUUUAGUAUCAGUAUAUAGUAUAUGUACUUAGAAUAUCUUCCAAACCUAGACGAGGAGUAUCGGUUAUUAAAUCUCAAUAUGAUUUCCCUGUUCAUUUUUUGUAGUUCUAGUUCUUCAUGUGCUAUCAGGGUACACAUUAUUUUGUUCACAGUGCUGUAUUACAAUGAAUUUACAUAUAAACACCCAAUGAAUUAAUUGGAUUUGUUAUUUUUUGCAAUAUGUAUUUUCAAAUAGAAUGAAUAAAAUACAUACUUACUAAAAAGAGAAAAUCAUAAUGGACUUUAUUAUUAGAGACUGAUAAACUUAAUAUAUAUUCAGCUUGG